GGCACCAAAUGAGAGUGGAGGAAAAACAUGAUUAACAAUCUUAUCAAGUUUUCCAUCCAUGGAAUCCAUCCGCCCUCUCAUCUUCUUCCGAAAAUCAUAGAAGUUGGUGUGCAAUUGUUGCAUCUGAUUUAUCAUUAACUCCAUGGUUUCACGGUUAGUUCUUUGCAUGGAGGCUUGAAAGGUUUUGGUUGUCACCUUCAUGUUCUUCUUCGCCUGCUCUACCAUUUUUUGGUCUGCAUCUGCUCUGCCAUUUUUUGGUCUGCAUCUGCUCUGCCAUCAGUCGGCUCCCCUGGAAUUUUUCAAAGCUUGCAGUCUUCUCUCUCCUCGCACAACCAGGUCAGUUUCUCCUCUCCAAAAUCACGCCUUUUCCUCUCCCAAACACUCAAACUUUCCAGAUAUGCAAAACCCAUCCCUUAAACACUCAAAUACCUCCAAAUCCUUGCAAACCCAACACAAAUCUUCAAGCUUUUCACUCCAAUUUCGCGUGGAAUUUGUUGUUCUCUCUCAUGGCUUCAAGAAGGGUUGGACGCAAAAGAAAAACAAGUGGGGAGUUCUAGUGCUGCGGGUCAGGUUCAGGAAGAAGCAAGUUGAAUUCCGGAAUGGCAUUUGGAGGUAGAGAGGGGAUCAAGCAAUGGAACAACAAGGGGAUGAAGAAGAAGGAGAUGCAGACCAAGAAAUGGCAGAGCAAAGGAAGAAGAACAUGGAGGUGAUAGCCAAAGACCCUUUCAAGCCUCCAUGCAAAGGACUAAUCGCGAGACCAUGGAGCUUAUGAUAAAUGAGAUGCGACAAUUGCACACUGACUUCUAUGAUUUCUAGAAGGAGAUGAGAGGGCGGAUGGAAAACUUGAUAAGAUUGUUAAUCAUUUGUUUCCUCCACCCCCACCUAGUGCCACCUAACCCGAUAUUUCUUUUAUUUGGCUAAUCUUUAGGAUGGACAUCUUAGGCUUAUGCAUUUUAAGUUUUUAAACUUGUGACUAUGUUUUUCUUCUAUCUAUGGAUAUUUCUUGAAUCUUUUAUCAUGCAUUGUGAAUUGUAAUGGCACAUGACUUUGGUAUGGU